AUGUCCGUUUCACGGAAAUCGGUCUUGAUCACCGGCUGCUCUACCGGAGGCAUCGGUGCAGCAUUAGCUGAAGUUUUCCAGGAAAAGGGUUACCACGUUUUUGUAACUACACGAAAUCCAUCGAAGUUCCCACCGAACCUCUCUCGUGCUGAGAAUGUUACGUGUCUGACUCUCGACGUACUAUCGUCAGAGUCGAUUGCCGCCGCCGUUGAGAGUGUUAAAAAGGAGACUGGCGGCACGCUCGAUAUCCUCAUUAACAACAGCGGCGGGAUUAUUUUACUACCAGCUCUAGAUACACCUAUUGAUGAUGGCAAAAGAUUAUUUGACCUCAACUUCUGGGCGCCGUUCGCUAUGCUCCAAGCCUUCGCCCCUCUCCUGAUUGAGGCCAAAGGAUGCAUCGUGAAUAACUCGUCUGCGAGUGCAUAUUCUCCUAUGGCUCUUACGAGCAUCUAUAAUAGUUCGAAAGCUGCCCUUGCCAUGGCUAGCGAGACGUGGCGUCAUGAACUCCAACCUCUUGGAGUUCGGACGAUUACUCUUAUUACCUGUGCCGUAAAGACUGAGUUCUUUUCUAGAUAUCAGAGGGAAGAACUACCCGUGUCUUCGAAGUACUACGAUAUCCGAGACUUUAUCUAUAGUAUCGGUGACGGCAGGCUUCAAAGUGGUGCUAUCAGCUCGAGGCAGUACGCAACUAAGGUUGUUAGAGAGAUCGAGCACGGCUCUGCUGGAGUAGUCUGGGCCGGUACCCACGCACUCCUAUUUCGGCUUUUGUGUUGGUUAUUGCCCAAUUCACUUUUUGAUAUGGUGGUAGAGAGUGUCGUACCUAUUUCUAGCGAGAUGGCCAAAAUUAAGCAGAAGAAGAAAAUCUAG